AAGGGGCGGAGUCAGAUCGCGGCGGCUCCGGAGCGUCCUGUCCCGGCUCUGCAGACUCCGGAGGUCAUGUCGGCGCUGAGGCGGCUGGGCCCUUUCCUUCGCGAGGGAGGCCGGCGCUUCCUGGCGGGUCCAAGCGAGCGGUCUGCUGGUUACGGCCUUGGAGGAAUCCGGCAUGCUGGAGGUGGUGUACACAUUGAGCCCCGCUACCGGCAGUAUCCUCAACUGACAAAAUCUCAGGUGUUCCAAGCUGAGAUGUUAAGUGCUACGUUGUGGUUUUGGAUUCUUUGGCAUUUUUGGCAUGACUCAGAUGCUGUAGUGGGUCAUUUUCCAUAUCCAGAUCCUUCUCAAUGGACAGAUGAAGAAUUGGGUAUUCCCCCUGAUGAUGAAGACUAAAGCAGUGUCAUCACUAGUACAAGUAGGUGCUACCAAGCACCACAUUUCCCAGGAAUUACAACUACCUUUCAAAUUUAAAAAAAUGUGUAAUUGAUGUUAUUCUUUUUCACCAUGAUUGUCAUUUCACAAUAAAUAAUCCCCCUUCCCCCCAUA